ACACAGUGUCUAUAAAAAGCUUUGGGCCUGAUCAUUCUUUUUCUGUGUGACGACCAACUCACUAUUCCGUCGACACAAACUCUCAACAUGCCGGCAGACUACAAUGGACGGUGGGAGAUGGUGAGCAAUGAAAACUUUGAGGAGGUCAUGAAAGCCCUCGACAUCGACUUUGCCACCAGAAAGAUUGCUUCCCAUCUGCACCAGACCAAACUAUUUGUUCAGAAUGGAGACAAGUUUGAAACAAAGACGUUGAGCACCUUCAGAAACUAUGACGUCAACUUCACUGUAGGGGUGGAGUUUGAGGAGCAGACAAAGGGUCUUGACAACCGAAAAGUGACGACGCUGGUCACCUGGGACGGGGACAAACUGGUUUGUGUUCAGAAGGGAGAUAAGGCAAAUCGUGGUUGGAAACACUGGAUCGAGGGAGAUCUGCUACAUCUGGACUUUCAUGUGCUGGACAAAGUCUGCCACCAAGUAUUUAAGAAGGCCCAGUAAGAUGAGCUCAAGCCUCAAGUUGUCAUAUGUUGCACAAUGAAGCCUAUUUAUAAUGUAUGAAGGGAAUAAACUGAUAUUACAGUGAA